AUGGUGCAGUGGCUGAAUAGUGACGGUCAAUUCUUCGUCACGGAAACAUUCCAGACGGAGAACUUCCCCUAUGCUGAUGUGCCGGUCAACGGACUGGUGGUGGAUUUGUCGGAGGAACACGAGACGUGCGGUUGGAUCCAUCUCUACCAGAGUGGCCAGUACAUAAGCGAGAUCAUCUGUGUGAACCCGGUUAACGGGAACGCCACCAAGUGUUAUGAUCAAGGUGGUUCUUAUGGCUACACGUCCACAACACUGGGAUCACCAGACGGCAAGUACAUCUAUGGUCUGACGUCCACCGGUUAUGUUAUCAAGUAUUACGUACCCGAUGUUACACCUUCUCCUAUCGUCGUACCUCGCUGUCCAUACUAUCGCUAUGCGGUGAAGCCAAACUGGGGGAAUUACUACACGCCAAACUCUGCCUGGUUCAGUUACGAUCACAGCCGCAUCUUCCUGAACAACGGACUCACUCUUAGCGCCAGCUCUGAUCAAACUGAAGACUUGCAGGAGCAUGGAUCAUUCAACGGCAGCUUCUCAUCGCAGAACAUCUACUGGGUCGACCAGGACGCCAAGCUGACAACACACGAGGUCGUCACGCUUCAGCGUAUCUAUGACUAUGAGGAAUCCAUGUACAAGCUUGUCGUACUCAAGUACGCGUGGCCGUUCCUGGAGGCCAUGAGCUCACACAUCGACAUUCCGGUGCCCACAUCUCCAGCAGGCCUCAAGGUCAACACCUAUGGCGUUGGUUCACAGGUCUACUUUGGCACGUCGAGUAGUAUGAUCAUGGCGGUGGUCAACUACACCAUGGAUAACUACAUCCAUGCGCCAGGCAUUGCCUACAUCACGCUAUAGAGCAUGGUGGGUGCACAGAGAUUUGAUGCAGGCCCCAGAGAUUUGAUGCAGGCCCCAGAGAUUUGCUGCAGGCACAGAGAUUUGAUGCAGGCGCUGUCGGUGCUGGCCGCAGGACCAAUGUUGCAUGCAGGCACAGUUCUUCAUGCAAACGUGGUGACAAUUGAUAGACAGAGUGCCUGCUUGAAGCGUCACUUUGCUGGACGACCAUGCUGGUAUGCCCAGGCCUUACCGUAGCUCCAACCACUUGGGACAUGAACACCGCUGUUACUCAGAAGAAGUGCUGUGUUCUCUGUUCUAAGUUGGUCUCUGGCAUACACAGGCCUCAGAAAUGA